AUGUCGAAUCUCUGCACCCGCUGUGCUCUUCGCCUCCAACGCGCUGCCGCUGCGCCCUCCCAUACCACGACUACCCGCUCCCUCUCCACCACCCCCAUCCGACCUAAAGCUUUGCCAACCUUCCAAUCCACUUCCUCCCCUGAACUCGAUGACAUCCUCUCCACCUUCCGCAGCAAACACAUCAUCCCGCGCAUGCUUUCGAACCAUGACCGCAACCUCAUCUUCUCCCUCAAAACGCGCAAAUACCUCGAGGAGAAUCCACAAACCGUCACAAUAGGAGAUGAAGACAUUGACUUGCAAUGGAUCGACCAGCGCACCGAGAUCCCAAAUCGACGAGAGAUGAUGUGGCAGACUAUGCGGCUGAUGCGGGAAGGAGAGCCGGGAGACUGGAACAAUCUGCCAGCGUUGCUGGAGGGGUUGGCGAAGGUGAAGAGGGGAGCGAAUGAGAGGCAGAUGGCGAAGAUGGUGAGGCUAGCGAGUGAGAGGGGGAGAUUUGGAAUCGUGUUGCAGUGUCUACACCAGGCGAGGAGAACUGGGAUGACGUUAAGGAGGGAGGAGGUGUUGAACGCGGUUGUUUGGGCGCUGAGAGAGAUGGGAAGGGCAGGCGUCAAUGUUGAGGGUGGUGAGGUGGACAGGGGGAGUUGGGAGCGAGCGGGACUUGAAAAGGCGAUCAAGGAUGCCAACGAGAUUGCUGUCUUGCUUGAAGAGCCGGAGCAUGGCACUGGUAACAUUGUGCGACAAGGCGAUCCCAGGACAAGACCAGAAGUUCUGAGCGUGUUUCUGGAGCUCAAUGCGGCGUAUGCGUAUCGAUUCCAAGAUGGCAAGGAUGUGGAUGGCAAAGUCAGAGCAUAUACGGACAGGCUACUUGCAAAUAUAAAGGGAGCGGAAGGGCCCGCGACAAUCGAGCCAGCCUCGACUGGCCCCCAGACUGAGAUGCUUCGAGGGAUGCCAAUAUGGCAUGGCCUGCAACUCGCGCAAAAGAUCCUUGGUAACCAAAUACCGCAGCCAGACCUUGUGAAACAAGUGACCAGUGCAUGGGAGGAGGGAUUGGAGGCUCUAUCCAGCAAGAUUCAAGCUGGGGACGUGGAAGAAGGCAGCUACGCGGCGCAGGCGCUCAAGGUGUGGAAGGACUGUAUACGAGAGUAA